AUGACGUCGAUGAUGAGUAGUGCAAGCACCGCGGACGACCCCAACGACCAGAACAGUCUACCGUCGUUCACGUCGUUCUCCGCCGAGCUGGAGCCCUCGUGGGACUACUACGAGCAACGUCCGGAGGAGCGCAGCUCAGCGAACGGCAGCGGCAGCGGCGCAGGAAGCGCAGAUGUGACUGCGUCACAGGCGACCGUGAACGGUAGCUACACCCGUCCUUGGGAGAUGGACCCCAAGGAGAAUCGCAUGGCGCCCCCGGCGCCCAACAGUGGGCCCCCGGGGACACCGGGCACACCGGGGAGCGCCGCGGCCACCACCCCCGGGCCGGCCACCGGCGGCUUCGAGCCGUACCCGAAGCUACCCUCGUUCCAGAGCCAGUUCCACAGCUUCACCGAUCCGCAGCUGGUCACGCCGGAACCGACGCUCCCGCAGGUGACGGCCGUUCCGGUGCCGAUAUCGCCGAGUUCCGGCUCACCCGGCACGGGCGGCUCGCUGACGCAGCUGACCCAGCUGACACCGACGCCCCUGGCGGCGCCCCUUCAGUCCAGCUUCCACACGCUGUCGGCGGCCGUCAACAGUGCCCGGCCACCGUAUCCGCUGGUGCCGGCCCCGAUUCCGGUGCGCGAGCUCCACCAGCACCAGUACAUCGACGACCGGCACAUCCAGCUGUACCAACCGAUCUCGACCUUCCAGCCGCAGACGCUGCCCACGCUGACGGUCAUCAAGAACGAGGCCGUCGACUACGACAUGUCGGCGCACCUCAAGAACGGGACGCUACACCACAGUAACUUCCAGAACCCGCUGCUGGACAAUGGGCUGUUUGCGCAGAAUGGUGGCACCACGGUGCACCACAUUCAACACCACCACCAAUCGGCGGUCCAGCUGCAACCUCACCAUCUGCAGCACCACGGCCAACAGCAGACCACCAUUCUGGCCCCGGGAUCGCUGGCGCACCACCAACAGCAGCAGCAGCACCAGCACCAACAGCAACAGCAGCACCAGCAGCAGCAACACCAGCUCCUGUCGCACCACCAGCAGCAACACAAUCUGAUCACACCGUCGGAUCACCUCAACAACAACAACAAUAACAACCACCACCACAAUGGCAAGUCGUCGGUGUCGGUGGCGGCGGCGACCGUGGUCGGUCACGAUCAUCAUCCGGGCACACCGACCACCCGGAUCGACAAUCGAAAGAAGGAGCGCCGGAAAAUGCGGGCCCCAUCGCUGGAAUCGAGCGCCGAGUCCGAGGGCAGCAGCGCGAUGGCGAUGGACAUCGGCGACAGCGGGAACCCGGGGCAGGUGGCCGCCAUCUCGAGCACCGCCAACUUCAAGAGCCCGCUUCACACGAUGAGCAUGGACACGGACGACGGCAGCAUCGGGGGCGGUGUCGGCGAGAAAUCGACGAAGAAGAAACGCAAACGGUGCGGCGAGUGUGUCGGGUGCUCGCGCAAGGACAACUGCGGCGAUUGUGCACCGUGCCGCAACGACAAGAGCCACCAGAUCUGCAAGACCCGGCGGUGCGAGAAGCUGACCGAGAAGAAGAUUCUCUACGGUCCAGAUGGACAGUUGCUCAAGCCGGAGUCCCGCCGGGGACGGGGAAAGAGCAGCAAAUCGAAGGCCAGCGCCGCGGCCGGAGCCGCCGGCGGUGCUACGAACGGAACGAACGGAAACGCUAAUGGAGCGAUCGUCUCCUACGACGCCAACGGGCAGGUUGUUCGUGCCGAAGGAAAGCGAGGCCGCGGACGUGGACGUGGUGGCGGGGUAAGCGACAAAAAACCGAGUGGCCGCGGUCGUAAGGCACUGAAUCUCGGCGCCACCCCGAAGAACGCUCCCCCGAACGCCGCCGUCAGUCCGGCCCCGGCUUCGCUCCCGCACCCGUCGCCGAACACGACCACCGGCACGCCGUCGACGCCAAAUGCGGUGCAGGUGCAGCAGGCGAACCAGGUGCAACAGCAGCAGCAGCAGCAGCAGCAGCAACUGGUGACUGUCACCGGGGCCCAGACCAACAGCGGCGGCAACAGUAGCGGCGCCGGUUCAGGAGCAGCAGCGCCGCCACCGAACAGUGCCCUGCUAGCCAGCGCCGGCCAGAGUCAGCACCAGCACCAGCAGCACCAGCACCAGCAGCAGGCCCAGCUGCAACAGCACCUCGCCCGCCAUCCCCCUAUACCAGGCGCUCCACCCCCCGGCGGGGGCCUCCAACAGCAGCAGCAACAGCAACAGCAGCAGCAGCAUCAGCAGCAGCAACACCUGGCGCAGUCCAUCGUCAUCAAGAGCGAAGCGGGCGACAACACCAUGAAGGAUCAGCCGCAGCAACCGAUGGCCCCGAUGGCGUUCUAUCCGACGUGGCAGGCCGACCCGUCGCAGGGCUGGCAGAACCAGUUCAUCCAGCAGAUCCCACAGAACACACCCGCAAUCACGCCCCUCAACUCCCUGGAGUUCCAGCCGCAGGGCUACGCCGCUUACCAACCGAACGGCUACGUCCAGACGGCCGGCAUCGGGUUCGAUCCGAACUACGGGCGCACGUACGCCGCUCCGCCGGCGGCCGUCCAGCGCUACGACUUCCAGGCGGCGGCCAACCAGAUCGCCGCCCCGAUCAACCAGGUGUCGCUGCAGAGCGUCAGUUUCGCGCCGACCGUCACGUACGCCGGCCAGGUCCCGGCGUCCGCCGACCACCAGUUCCAGCUGCAGCUGCAACAACAGCAGCAGCAUUUUUUAUCGUAUAGCCACCAUCUCCGUGACAGUCUAACGCCAACCCACCACCUGGGCCCGGGGUCCCAGGGGUCUUCAGCCGGCACCCAGCAGCAGCAGUCACCGCCGAGUGUGGCGGCCGCUGGUGGCGGCAUGAUGGCACCCGCGGGAGGCGAUAGCAACAGCAACAGCAGCAGCAGUGGUACUACCGCCAACGAAGGAGGUGGUACCGCGCUCGGAGAUGGUGGCGCAUCGGGAGGACUGAUCGGCGGGAUGGGGAACCUCGUCGAUCCGAACUGGAAGCAGCACCCCGGGGGCGGGGGUGGCAGCAACAGCAGUAGUCGUAACGUCAAGUCACCGCUCGACCACCACCACCAGCAGCAGCAGCAACAUCACCUGCAGCAACACCAUCACCUACAUCACGAUCUGCUGGUCGGUGGCGGCGGUGAUCUACACCAAACCACGAAGCAUUCGGUUUUUGAGCAGAAGCAGCAACUAAUCGACAAGAAUAAUGGUGACCCCGGAGGACUGCCCGGGUCACCCGGCAGCCUCGACCUGAAGCCCAAGAUGGGCAAGUCGUCGGCGUCGUCAUCGCCCUCCUCCGGGGGCUCACCGUCCACCGGCUCGAAAGCGAAGGGCAAGGGCGAGAAGCACGGCAAGCAAUCGAAGAGCAGCCAGCAGCAACAGCAACAUCAUCACCUCGAUCCGUCGCUGGACCCGAGCAAGGCUACGGGCUACUCGAGCUUUAUGCACCACGACCACCACCUGCAGCAGCAGCAGCAGUACGCGCCGCACCUUAACCAAACAUAUCCCGGUGGGUCGACGACCCCAAAUGGCGGCGGAUACUCUCCGGCUGGCUCGAUGAUGCUGGACAAGCUCGACGAUAAGGGGCCGUUGAACCGCUUCCGGCACGACACACUCGCCAGUGGCUUUAACACCACCACCACCAACAGCAGCAUCCACCAGGGAACCGCUUUCCAUCACCCGUCGGCCGGUGGGCCGCCGUCGGCCAACUACAACCUGAUGGCGGUCAAGAAGGAACCGGGCUUGCUACUGGACGGUGCAGGAGCAGACGGCGGCGCUGCGCCAUCGUCGGCCCUCGGCGGGAAGUUCGACGGUGCUGGUGGCGGUGGCGGCUACGAGAAGAACUAUCAGAACUUUAUCCGCUACGGUGGUGACUACGGGUGUACCGAUAAUGGUGCGUCACAGGCGCAGGCUGGAACGGGGGUUGGUGUGGCCUCGAAAGCGGGAGCCACGGCCGACUACAACAGCUACUACUCGCCGUACGCCGGUGGUUACUCGAGCUACGCCGGCGGUCAGAACUACCCGAACUACCACAACCAUCAGGCGACGACCGGUGCUGGGUUCGGGGCAGCUGGUGGUGGUGGCAGCGCCGGUGACGUAAACCCGCUGCUCCUGCCUGCGAUGGCCACCCCGAGCACCCCGGUAGCGCAUCAGACCAACUUCGAGCAGCAGAUUCCGGCCCACACGUACCCGAUCCCGAAGAACAGCAGCCUCACGACGGCAGCGACCAGCGAAGGGGGGGUCCCGAUCAAGCUCGAAACGGACGACUCGGGAGCGUACCUGGGACUGGGGGCUGGCACCGGAACCUCCCUCGAGCCACCCGGAACGAACGCCCCGGCGGCGGAAGGUGCCACCGAGGGCAGCGGUGGGUCCACCGGCACCGGCAUUCCUACGACCGGUAGCACCGCUACCACCAACACCACGACUACCACCACCACGGCGAAGUCCAAGUCGAAGAAGGGUGACAAGAAGGACAAGACUAAGGACAGCCACGGCCACGGGCCGGAUGGUGCCGAGGGUAAAGCCGAAGGUGGCAGCAGCACCAGCACCACCACGUCCAAGAGUGGCGGUGGAAGUAAGAGCAAGAAGGAAUCGAAGAGUAGCGUCAAGAAGGAACCACUCGAUCCGGCCCAGAAGGCGGAUGAAGACAAGCUGGAGAAAUCGCACAAACCGGAAGCGCCCGAUUGCGAUUGCUUCAGCGGAGGCACCGACAAGGCACCGUCCGAACCGGGCAGCUACUACACCCACCUCGGUUGCGCGGCCACGCUCGAGGAGCUACGCCGGGAGACGGAGAGCCGGGUGGGGCUGACGGGCAAGCAGCUGCGGAUCGAGAAGGUGGUGUACACGGGCAAGGAGGGCAAAUCGAGCCAGGGCUGCCCGAUCGCCAAGUGGGUCAUCCGGCGGGUCGACCAGGAGGAGAAGCUCCUGUUCGUCGUGAAGCGCCGGCAAGGGCACCGGUGCCGGGCGGCGUACAUUGUGAUCUGCAUCGUCGUGUGGGACGGCAUCCCGGCGCACGAGGCGGACAGCGUCUACCGGAUGCUGUCGGUGAAGCUGAACAAGUUCGGCCUCCCGACCGUGCGGCGCUGUGCCACGAAUGAGAACCGAACCUGCGCCUGCCAAGGAACCGGAUAACCGUUCUUCUUUCCCGUAGGGCUCGAUCCGGAGCAGUGCGGCGUGUCGUACAGCUUCGGGUGCAGCUGGUCGAUGUACUACAACGGGUGCAAGUACGCCCGCUCGAAGACGGUCCGCAAGUUCCGGCUGUCGGUGAAGAACGAGGAGGCGGAGAUCGAGGAGCGGAUGAACGUGCUGGCCACGAUGCUGAGCCCGCUGUACGUGACCGUCGCCCCGCAAGCCUUCCAGAACCAGGUGCAGUACGAGCGGGAGGCGCCCGACUGCCGGCUCGGCCUUAAACCGGGCAAACCCUUCUCCGGGGUCACGUGCUGUUUGGACUUUUGUGCCCACACGCACCGCGAUCUGCACAACAUGCAGGACGGGUGCACGGUGCAGGUGACGCUCCUGAAGCCCCUCCCGCCCGGCGUGAAGCCGGACGACGAGCAGCUCCACAUCCUGCCACUCUACACGAUGGACACGACGGACGAGUUCGACAGCGAGGAGGGCCAGAAGAAGAAGCACGACACGGGCGCGGUGCAGGUGCUGGAGAAAUUCCAAACGGAGGUGCGUGUCCGCUCGACUCCGCUGCAACCGUGCCGGCGGCACGGGAAGAAGCGCGGCAACGGCAAGGACGAGAAGCUCGGCAAGGACGGUUCGGACGGUGGAGGGACGGCUCCGGAAACGCCACCACCACCGCCACCUCCGACGAAGAAGGAGAGCAAAUCGAAGAGCAAAAAGUCGUCCUCCUCCUCGUCGUCGUCCGGGUCUUCCGGCUCCACGGCGGCGGCGGCCGCCGCGAACGGUGAUGUAGCGUCCCCCGGCGGGGGGGCCGGUGGUAGUCAGAGCGGCGGCGGCGGAGGGUCAUCUUCUGGUGCCGGCUCACCGAGAGCCCUGACGCCCGGUAGCCAAAAGAGCGCCGGCGGCGGCAAGACGAUCGGCGUUGGUCCCGGAUCCGGCAACGGUGGUUCGUUGGGUGCAGCCACGGGAGUGCUGGGGGUGGCGGACAAGGCGUCCCCGAUGCACGGCGGUGGCACGGUGCCAACGCUCCUCGCCGGCGGUGGACUGCCGCAGGCCGUUGCCGCCGGGAACAACACGAGUGCCUUUACGGCACCGAACAACGCGAUCAAUUCGCCGAACGCCGCCACUAACAGUACGCUGAUCGAUAUGGCGUCGAUGAUUGACAACUUUACUGACGCGCAGCUACAGUCGAAUCAGAUCUCGAGCACGGUCCUUGACUCACCGUACAGCUACGACUAUAACACCGGACAGUACAUCGACAACCGGCAGUACUACAACAACUGGCCAACGGACUACUACGGGAACCCGCGGGGCGGUGACCCGGGCAAGCUGGGGUUGGGGCGCAAUGAGGAGAUUCCGGAUACGACCACGAGGCCGGGCAGCAACAGCAGUAACUCGGCGUUCAGCCCCAGCAUCCCGGAUCCGACGAAAACGCCGACACCGAUCCACAUGGACGAUUACGGGACCGCGACCACCAAACUGCAGGGUGCGCAGGCGCAACAGCAGCAACAGCAGCAGCAGCAGCAACAACACCAAUCGCAGCAGCAACAUCCGGCGCAGCAACAGCAGCAGCAGACGCAAAACACGUACCACACGCUGCAGCAGCCGGAGCAGGGCUUCGUGAAGCCGAAACCGCCGGAUUAUAAUCCCGCGACCGGCUACGGGUACCACCAUCCGAACACGGCGAUGAGCUACGGUUACCACCACCACCAUCAUCCGCCGUAUCACCAUCACCACCAUCACCAUACGCCGUACGAUCCGUAUCAGAACUACAACUACGGGUAUCCGCCGCAGACGUACCACCAUCACGCCGCUGCCGCCGCGAGCUACCACAACAUGUACCCGGCUUCUGCCCAGACGCAGCUCGCGGGCACGGGCCCGGCACCACCACCUCCACCGACGGCCGUCAUCCCGGCGCCACCGCCACCGUCCAACUGGAACCUGUACCCGGCGCACAUCGGAUCGACACCGGCGCAGCUCCACGUAGCGGCCGCCACCGGAGCCGGUGUCCACCAUGGUGGCGGCAAGCAGUCGGCGGUGGUGACGGACCUUGGCCAGACCAUCCUAGCACCGCCGGUGGUUGUCGCUCCGCCGCCGGUACCCAACGUACCGUCCGUACCGAAGGAAACGCUCGGCGAGGUGACGGAAACGAACGAAAACGUGGACUGCUUCGAGGACCCGCAGAUGGGCGGGGUGGCGAUUGCGCUGCCACACGGGAGCGUCAUCAUCGAGUGUGCGAAGCUGGAGAUGCACUCGACGACGGCGGUCAAGAAGCCGAACCGGCUGAACCCGACGCGCAUGACGCUCAUCUUCUACCAGCACCGGAACCUGAACCGGCCGAAGCACGGCAUCGCCGAGUGGGCCGAGAAGAUGCGGCUCAAGAAGCUGGGCAUCCCGACGAACGAUCCGAUCGACGACAAGGACAUGCUGCUGGAGGACGACAUCAAGGCGGAACCGCUCGACGAGCUGCACCACCUGCGGCACCACAUGGGUGAUGAACAUGACAUGAUGGACGUGGAAUAUCCGGGUGUCUAG